GGUGUGCUCGUGUAUGUGUGUGUUCAUAUAGUUACAAAUAUAGAAAUGUUUCUUAUAUAGAACAUAUUCAAAUACACCAACAUAAGGAAUAUUGGUAAUUAACUCCAACCAAAACUUCCACAAAAUGUAAAUAUUAGAGACUUGACAUGAUUCUUUGGGACAGAAAACAAAAAUUAUGUAAUAUCGUAGAGGUUAUCUUUGCAGCGGAUGUGAAGUUUUAAUUCAAAAUUAACGAGAAACACUAGAUUUAUUGCGAAAUUAUAACCAAGAACAUAUAUAAUCAUGAACUACAUGAGACCAACAACAUAUUUAUCUAUCAAACAUGUAUUUAAGUAUGUAUCUAUCUAUCUAUCUAUCUAUCUAUCUAUCUAUCUAUCUCGCUAGCUAGCUGUCUGAAGAAUUCAAUAAAGGAAAAGACACACACACACGUGAACACACACAUACACACUAAUGAGCUAAAUGAAAAAUAUUUACACCAUCUGAAUCCCUUGCAUAUGAAGAAAAUACUUUCUUGUUUUUUGUUUCCCUAUUUUGACCAUUGUUUGAGUAAGUUACAAGAAGCAAACUUUGAAGUCCCAGUGAAUCCAGUAAACACAACAUAUUUUACUCAACCCUCAGAACCAAAUGAGGGCUGUUCUGACAAUAAUGUUUAUAUUUCUUGUUGCAUCAACUGCUACAGAUUGUACAAAUAUCAUUGCAACACUCACAGAACAGACAAGAAACUGAAUCUGGUAGGCAGCUGAGACGUAACAGGGCCCACAUCCACCCAACACCAAAGCUAUCGAGGAUAACAUGCGCAACACCUGCAGCAUCAAUGACAACACCAACAAGAACCACAACAUGCACAGCAGAUGACGGCACCAACAGAAUCCGUGUUUCCACAGAACCAUCACCCCAACAGGCACCAACCACCCAUCAGCAGCCCAACGACACACCUCAGACACCAGUGCAGAGCACAAGAUCCACCAGAUGGAGACCGAACAUUUUACCACCGAUUUGAUACAGUUAAAAGAGAAAAAAAAUAAUAAAACAACUACUUCUGCUAGAUUAGAAAGCAGAAAACCAUGUGUGUGGGCAGAAUAAUCCCAUGGUUUCUGCUGCAGGAUUGCCACCCUUGCGCUGACAAUCCAUUAGUAUAAGGGAGAUUACUUCUAUUUUUUCAUUGCUAAAAGAUCCUUUUUUUUUUUUUCCAAGAAGAAGGGAUGUUACAUGUUCAUAUCUAUGUGCAUGCGUAGGUAUACGUAUAUAUGAAUAAAUCCCCACUAGUAGUACUAUUUUGUUAAGCUCAUCUACUAAGCAGUAUGAGCUGUGUCUAAGGCAGAUACGCACAGUGUGUAUCACUCCGCUAUAGACACUGUUUGUAAACAUGUCAAGUAAAUAAACACGUAGAAUCAUAAUAA